UAAAAUCAUGUAAUUACAACCUAUUAAAAUCUCAAUUGGAUACACCCGCCUUAGCCUUUGCAAAGCUUAAAAUUACACACACAAAUCCACUCAUCUACUGUUCAAUGGCGUCUUCUUCACCAUCGCAGCCGGAUCUUCAGCUCCAACUUCAACCGGAGACCGAGUCUCAGAUGUCAUCUAUCGUCUACGAGAUUUCACAAGAAGUCCAGGGCGCAAUGGAGAACAUGUUGAAGAUGAUGAGCGAAAUUGAUGAGAACUCUGCCGGAAUAACCGAAGAGAUAGAGAAGUGCAAAGAGCAGAGUCUUGAGAAGAAGAGAGGCUUGGAGGAAGCCAAAGAACAAGUUGAGAAAGCUGCUUAUGCCGUUCUAGAGAUGCUCAAUAACAGAGCAUAGCAUGUAGGUGCUGUAUGUUCUUCUUCCAAUCUUCAUCUUUGACAUGAGUUACGCUAUAUAAUUUCAUUGAUAAGGUGACUGAAACUGAUUAGUGAUCAUUCAUACAUCAUUUUCAUGUUCAUGUUCAAAAGAUGAACAAGUGAUCGUUGUCUCUUAAUGCGUCUAAUUCUUCGACCUGUGAGCCGUCCCCCAUCACAACUGUGCUUCCUCUUUUUCCCAACUUUUUCUCUGCAUUCACAAAAACAAAAAACAAAAUGCUAUCAUUGAUGUGAAUUUAUGAAUUUGAAUUUAUCUUCUUUUAUGUAUGAAUUUGAAUGGCAGCCCAAUAACUCAAUUCUGAGAUGA